AUGAUUUCAGUCACUCAGCAGUGGCGAACUAUCUCCUUGAACUUGUUCCUUUUCGUUAUCGGUGGAGGAGCAGGAUAUCCCUCGGGAAUAGAAUUUAAAAAUGCGUCGAUCUGUGAUGGUUAGUUGUUUCAUUUCAUUUUUAUUGAAAUUGUUUCAGUGAACUCUGAACAUUUUCCUGUUAUUAAAACAGGAUAGGAAAGGGUAGUCGGCGGUACGCAUUCGACUAAGUGCAAUAAGGCAUCAAAGUCUGGAGUGGCUUGCAGCUUGCAGCAGGGGCGACCAGUUGUUAUUUAACACCUAAUGUGGGGGGGAUCAGUCGUCGCUGAAAGGGAAUAAAUGGGGGGCUAGAGAUUAUUGACGGCCAAUGAGAGAGGAUCAUUACAACACUUCAGAGCUUUACAGGGAGAUAAGGUAGAUCUCAUUGUGACGCAAUUAAUAAAUCUCUCCACCCCGAAGCAGUCCAUUAGAAAACUUCAACAAUCAGACGAGCAAAACCGUUACAAAAAGGGGAAGAGGAGAUUUAGCUUGUCUCUUUUUUCCUGAGUUUUUGUUGUGCUGCAUCAUUUUUCCGUCAGUCAUCUAAGAUGUUAAAGAUAGAGUCAAAUGCAUGCGUUUAUUAAAAGCUUUAAUGUGGGAAAAUCAUUUUUGGUUCUUCAGCAAAGACAGUCGCCUGGUCAUUAUAUUUCAAUGAGUUAAAAAGUUUUUAUGAUCAUGAUUUUCUGACGAGUUUACCAGCCUUUUUAAGAUGGUAUGGAACACAAUAAUGACACUUUCAGUGAAAGUUUCGAUUUGUCGACAGGCUUUCAUGACCAUACAGCAAAAAUCAAAAUAUCUCCAUGGCCUUUUAUAGCGACUGGAACUCUCGCCACUGUAAGUGUAACACUAACCCCCGGUAAGUUGAUUACAGAACUAAAGAGAAUUAUAACAUGAUUUAGACAUAACGCGUGCUCUGAUUGGUCAGAAAUCUAUUGUACAUUUACCUGUAAACCCAUAGAAAAUGAAACAUCUUUCCUCCUUAUCAAAUGGCGCCACACAAGGCGAAUUCUUAGAAUUUCAUUUUUUAAAGACCUUUGGUUGGGAGAAAAGCAAGAGGACACUUGAACGUCAAAAACAACGACAAAUGCUUCAUUAUUUUAGCAUGAUCAAAUCUUUCAUUUAAAACUCAGUUUAGGUAACUGGUUGCUCUGUCUUACGCCUUUAUUUUUCGCUGCGCGGUUGAAAUAAAAGAGCUUCAGUAAUUCUCGACUAGAAUUCCCUAAAGUACUCGCUGAGAAUGAAAAGUUGGCAUGUUUUUGCUUCAAGAAAAUUGUAGCGACAAACUAAGUGGAUUUUCAUUGAGGUGUUUAAUGAAAAUCAUAUUUAUAUAAAAAAAAGAUAUUUGCAAAGUGAAUGUGCUUUCAAGAUUUAUAGCAAUGUCGUUUACCGUCCGCGAUUUCAGCUGCAAAGCUAUAAAAGAGUUACAAAAGUCGUGUUUUUCCAUGAAUUACGAGUGUCUUGUUCUGAUUCAAAAGAAUAAAGGAAAUUUUUUCAUUGUAGAAUUUAUUUGUGGUUGUCCCGCGCGCGCUCGUCUGUCGCGUCCUAUUUUGGUUGAAAAGAAAUUUUCGAACUUUUCGAUCCUCAGCGGUCAGUCCGUAAGUCAUGACCUCGACCCGAAUAUUUUCCCGUCCGACCCUCGCUCUCAGUUAAAUAUUACAUAGUAUUUAAAAUUAUAUUUUUAGUGAGGCUCUAAGGGUUUCUUUAGAGAGCGAAUGAAAAAAAACAUUGGCACAAUGCUGCGUAAAGGGAGAAAAAAAAGAAAGAAAGCUGAGCUAAAGGAAAGGGAAUUCAUAUACAUAACGACAAGAAAAAGUGUCGAUACACUGUUAAAACUGGAACUUAACGGUAGAAAGUUUAAAGAAGAAUUUGCCAUUCAAAAUUCAAAUUUAUUUCAGACUUGUUUCAGUAAAUGGGGCACAAUAAUCGCAAUGGUACAACUUUAGCAUAAAAGCUGCUCUCCUUUAAACUCCUGGUUACGCGAGCUUCGACUAUACCUUAUCAAUGGCUAAUCCUUUUCUUCUUCAGCGGUUGAUGUCCUUGACGCGUACUCGAAAUACAUACUAAAGUCAGAAUCGGACGGAAAGGUUAUCCUCAAGGGGAGGGAAAAUUUUUGCAAAAAUGCAGAUUUUCAAGAAUUAUGCAGCUUACCUGCAGAUGGUAAGUAG